GCAGAAGGAGCUGGGUGGCAGGAGGGAGGCAGGAGGGCUGUUGUUGAUUGAACAAAGCCAGGGAAGAAGCGCACAGUCGUGGGGUGAAGAGCAGCUUUGAAAUGCCUUGAAGGGAGCCUGCCAGUUACUCCUGCAGAGACCUGAAGGUGUGCUCCAGCUGAGGAUGGCAGGAGAUUCCCGAGUCCUCAUGGACCACAACAUGGAGAUAGGGGUAACACCUGCACAGGUAAAGAAACUCCCGAAGCAUCUGCGGGAGCCUCAGAUCUCAACCGAGCGAACCCACUUGAUUUCAGAACCUGUAAAAAAGCCACGUCAGCGGUAUGUGCAGAAGGAUGGCAAGUGCAACGUUCAUCACGGAAAUGUGCAAGAGACCUAUCGUUACCUCAGUGACUUAUUUACAACUCUGGUGGAUCUGCGGUGGCGCUUCAGUCUAUUAAUUUUUACCUUGGUUUAUGUUGUCAACUGGCUUUUCUUUGGGUUUCUCUGGUGGCUUAUUGCACUGGUUCGUGGAGAUCUGGUGCAUGGAGAUGAAGAGGGCUGGACCCCAUGUGUGGAAAACCUCAACAGUUUUGUCUCAGCUUUCCUCUUCUCUAUUGAGACAGAGACUACCAUUGGGUAUGGCUAUCGUGUCAUUACAGAACGAUGCCCGGAAGGUAUUAUACUGCUCUUAGUGCAAGCCAUCUUGGGAUCCAUUGUUAACGCAAUUAUGGUGGGGUGCAUGUUUGUCAAGAUUUCACAGCCAAAGAACCGCGCCGAGACCCUCAUGUUUUCGACCAAUGCUGUCAUAUCAGUGCGGGACAACAAGAUGUGCCUGAUGUUUCGAGUGGGGGACUUGAGGAACUCUCACAUUGUGGAGGCAUCAAUUAGAGCAAAGCUCAUCCGCUCACAGCAGACCAAAGAGGGGGAGUUCAUCCCACUCAACCAGACUGACAUAAAUAUUGGCUUUGAUACAGGGGAUGAUCGGUUGUUCCUGGUGUCACCACUCAUCAUUUCUCAUGAGAUCAAUGAAAAGAGCCCCUUCUGGGAAAUGUCCAUGGCACAAAUGGAGAAAGAGGAAUUCGAAAUCGUCGUCAUCCUUGAAGGCAUGGUUGAAGCCACAGGAAUGACAUGUCAGGCUCGAAGUUCCUACCUGGAUACAGAGGUGUUAUGGGGCUACCGCUUCACACCUGUUUUAUCUUUGGAAAAGGGCUUCUACGAAGUAGACUACAACAACUUCCAUGACGUCUAUGAGACCAACACUCCCACCUGCAGCGCAAAGGAGCUAGCCACCAAGCUUCGGGACGAACCACUUUUGCCUCAGCUCCCGCUUCUAAGCCCCGAACCUAAAACGCAAACUUUUGACCCCCUGGACUGCCUGUCAGAGUUGAAUCCACUAAGUCAGGAUGAAAAGAUGGAGGAAAGAGAUUCAAGUGACAGGGGAGAGAACAAUGGCUUAGCUGCUGCUCUCGAGGAGCCUCCAAUCACUGAUUGACUUCCUGACUGAAGCAUUACAUCAACCAAGAAGUCCAGCAAAGACUGGAGCAGACAAUGCUUCUUUUAAUCAAUGGCCAUUUAUUUACUCUGCAGUAAUUUGAGACAACAGACUUUGUCUCCAGAUUCCAACACAUGCAAUACUUCAACAUAAGAGCAUCAAUCUAUGGCAUAGAUUGGUUUUGUAGACAAAUAUAUUACUCAUACAGAGGCACACAUUUAAAAUAACUAUAACUACUCUUAGAGUUUGGGGGCUUUUUAUAACCACAAGGAUCACCAAACUGUUAUUUCACAUGAGUUCAAGUUUUAUGGUUUAAAGUAAACUAAAGCUGGAAGCCCUGAAAGCACACCAUGAGUUUAUUGUGGAUGCACCAAUAUUCUCAUUUUAAGAUGUUGUAAGUCUUCAUUUUUUAAGCUUCCAUUCACUCCCAUUGAGAAAACCUGUCUAAAAAGUCACCUUAAAAAAUUCAAAUGUCUGAAAGCAGCUUGCAUGUGAUAAUAAAACACUGUUUGCAUUUCUUUUAUUUUAAAAUAAGGAAAAAAUUCAUUUCCUGUUUCUGUCAGAAUUAAUACAACAUCUCUCCCACAUAAAAGUAAAGACAUAGUGCUUCUAGUUUGCAAAAGAAGAGUUUGGAAGCCACUGAAAUGUUACAUCUACUGGCAAACAUAGCGCAGUUCUGCGUUUCUUUGUUCAGCUCUUUUGUCAUUGCUGUGCUGUCCUAAAUACAGUCACAGUGUGUUUCUGUGUAUAAUGUCUUUGAACCACUGGUAGAGCUGACCCAAAAGAAUCUUCAUAGUACCUCAUUUGGUAUGCAUUGUUUGAGGUUUAAAGGAACUACUAUAACAAGCAAAAGCUGACAAAUGCUAUAUAUGCCACUGACUUUACUCUUCUGUCAACUACUUGGUUUGGUAAAGAGUUUAUUUUAAUUGUCAUAGUAACAGAAUAAAUCCCUAAAUUCAAGCCACUUUUUUAGGACAAAAAAAGCACAAGUUCUUGUAAGGGGAUUUAACACUAACUCAACAAACCACAGACCUGCUGCUGUUGGCUGACGCCUGUCAUUCCUACUUAGAAAUGGCAUUUAGAAUGUUUCAGAAAAGAGAAAUAUUCAUGAUCAUCUUCACUUUGAAAGGUUUCUAAGUUUUAUACACAGUGCAGUAUAUUAAUAUUUCAAAUAUUUCAAACUAAAAUACUGUAUGAUUCCUUUUAGACAUGCAAUACUUAUAAUUCAAUGUAUAUAUGCUUCUGCCAUGCAAAAAACUUUUA